GACGAGACUUCCUAUAUCUCGCUACCGUCUCCUUCCCCUCUCUCUCUCUCUCUAUCAGCAACCCAAAACCCCAUUCCAUUCGGGUUUUGGGGGGCGAUCGAGGGGAAUCCAAUGGCGCAGGCGGGGCGGCCAUCGCUACGGGACCCUAGCGUCGCCACCGCUUUUCGGUCGGCGCCGGCGCCGCCAGCUAGCCGCCCUGGCGGCGCGCCACCGAGGGCGAAGGAUGCACCUUGUCCAAUCUCAGGUGGUGAUAGAGAUCAUUCAGGACAGUACAGAAAAGUUCCAGGGCAUGUCAUGCAUAAGUCUUCUGGUGGUACAUAUUCAAAACCUGAUGCAAGAGUGAAGCUGAUUCCCGCAGAAGACAUCACUUAUGUACGGCGUGGGAAGCCUUUUAGUAAAACAAUUGGCUCAUCCAAAUUGCAGAAAAACCACUGCAGACGAAGUGUCACGCCUCCUCCGAGUUCACGUAAAGUGUCACUUGCAAGGUCGGCACCGCUUAAUCACAAGCCCACUAGACCGGCCCCAUCUGUUGCCCCGAGUCUUUCUCCUAAGAGAUUUGAGACUGCUGAAAACGGGCAAAUUGUUUCUCUCAAUAGGCCAUCACCAAUCUGCAAGGCUGUCCAGAGAGAUGCAAUUCCUCCAGCUGUUUUGCUAAAACAGGCAGCAGUUAAUCCGAAGUCUCCUAGUUCUGUGCAUGUGCUUCCUGCACAUUCAAGUAAGGUUCCAGAAGCACAUUCAAGUAAGGUUCCUCUUCGUACAAAGGCAGAACCUUCUUCUAAGAGUGUUGUCAACACACUUGAUAAUAAAAAGUUAUGUUCUACAAGCCAUCAGGCUACACAAGUUCAACGUGAUCAAGAUCAUACUGUGCAAAAAGAACCUACUGUGAAGCCUUCGUUACUAAGUCCAACAUCUGUGCUUAGUACAAGGACCACAGAGGUAGGCCCAGAUACUAGAUCCAGUCCUUCGCCGGGAUUUGAUGGAAAAUGCAAGUUGGCCUCUCUGCAACCUGAAACGAGCAUUCCUCAAGCAAAAAGCCCGCAGUCCACAACUCCAGUCCCAUGUGAUGAACUGUCUAAUGACUUUGAAGCUGUUCCUUCCUCUAAGAACUGUAGCAGGAAUGAGACUCUACCAAACCAGGAAGCAUCAAUUAGUUGUAACAUGUCUUCAGAAAUUGCAGGACGAAAAGUCUGUCAAAAUGUUCAUCCAGCUUCAAUUACUCAGGGUGCCCCAGUACUUUUGCAUACAAAACUGUACAAGAAACCUAACCAUCCAGAAACCUGUUGGAAGGGAAAAUUUGAAGUAAUUGGAGAACUAACACACACUUGUGAUGGAAUUGAAGCCCAUUUCCCUCGUGAAAUUUUUAUCAAAGUAUAUGAAGCUACAAAACAAAUGCCUGAAAUCUUGAAGCUAGAGGCUCUACCUCUUUCGUGUGUGUUGCCUAAAAUAUUCAAGAUGGAACCCCCAGAUGGACAGGAUAUUGGACUAUGCUUCAUAAGCUCUCUUCAAAGGUCGAACAGGAAUUUUGAUCAUCUCCUGGAAUGUACGUCUUCACAUAUUGGUUUGCGGACUAACAUCGGCACCACAGAGUUGCUGAUAUAUUCAUCCAAAUUGCUUACAAAAGAUGAUCAAACAAAAGACGGGAAGUUUUACUUUUGGGGUGUUUUCCGGAAGAAUCUCAGAAAGAAGCAGCACCGAGACAGCAAUCACAGAAAUAAUUUGAACAGUAGGAAUGCUAGUCUAUCGAAGCGAGACUCUCGUAUACCUGAAGAUAUUGGUAUGAACUUGGAUAUGACAGAAGGCAUAGAUAAAGAAGGAGACAAACAGACAGAGGGGGUCAAAUGUAAGAGUGGCACCAAAUUAGAGUUAACAGGAGACAAAGAGACAAAUAGGAUUAACAAAUGUUUGGCCAUGCGCAAAACUGCUGAUUCAAAUGCUGCGGUCUGUAAUGCCGCUCCUGCUGUUUCUUUCUUCACUGGAUCUUGUAGUCCUGACUCCACAGAUUCUCCAUGUAAAUCUUCUACGAGAGCUCCUGCUUCCGGAGACCUUGUUUUGGAUUCACCUCCAGGAUUUCUUGAUAUCCCUCCUGGCUUCACAAGAGCCCAUUACAGGAUUCGUGCAGGAGAAACUGCUCAAUCGUAUAUUGACUCUUCUUCCAGUCUUGUUUUGGACACUCCAGGAUAUGCUCUUGAUAUUCCUCCUGGAUUUACAUCAGCUCAUCGCGGGUCACAUACGAAUGCCACCAUAACUUCUCCUGGAUCAGAAAAUGGCGUAUCCACUCCUUUUCCUGAGAAAAAGCCCCAGAUCAAGUUUUCUUUAAAUGUUCCAAGACCUGUCCAAACAGAUGCUCGUCCUGGAUUUGCUGAAUUGCUCAAGGUGAAAAAAGAGCCUGGGUUACCAGCACCCUAUAAGGCUACAGAGAAAUUAACACCAAUUGGAAAAGCAAAUGAAAUUAAAUUCAAGCAUGAUGAGGCGAAUGUGGAACUGCAGGAAAGCUCGGAGGAGGGAGAGUUUCGGAAGACCAAGCGCAUGUCUGACCUCCUGGGUUUCUCUUCUCCUUCUUCAAGCAACAACACCAGCCCCUCCUCAUCUAUACCUAGAAAGUGCCCCGAAGUUUCUGUAUCUGCUGCACCGUCAGCAAGCAAGUUCCAAGAGAAGGCGCCACCUGAGAAACAGAGUCAUGGAUGGAAGAGAGGUCAACCGGAGCCAUCCGGGCCAUCCGCAGCAGAGCCAGAGGCAACCAAGAGGCUCAAGGUGAAUGGGCGCAUGGCACUCAACAGGUGCAUCGGCCAUCGAGGACUGUGAACGGUGGUCUCGUUGUCGCCAGUGUCUUCAGGUGGUAUCUGUUCUGUACAAGUGUGUGUGGUCAAAGGGUCCCCGACGAAGUGAUUGGCGUGUGGUGGAACUGCUGGCUCUGCCGUGCAUUUUGUUUACAGACGGUAAUGAAUUUAUAUGUGCAGGUGGGCCUGGACAGUCGGUGUUUUGGGUCGGCACUGAAAACCGUAAGAAUUCAAGUGCCUAGUGCUAUGUCGAAAUAUAAAUGGGAGUACUACCGUUGAUGAUAUGGGUAAAGGUGUCACUUCGAUGAUU